UAGUCUCGCUGGGUAAGCUUGGAUGGAGCUUUCUGCACCUUCAACCCUUCUGAGCUACUGUUCUUCGUCACAGGGCCUACAACCGCUGAAAGUUAGGGACAGGGUUUCAUACCGAACUCUCGCUGCCACACGCUUGAAAGAGACCAAUCUUCUCUCACGCUUGAAAGAGACCAAUUUUCUCUCUACACCUCCUCUAAUGGAUCCCCUGAGGGUAGUCUCUUGCGCGUCAUCGGUCGAUGAGAAUGGCUCUCCGAUAACGUCUUCCUCCAUCGGCACAGGUCGAAUUGGAGAGGUGAAAAGGGUUACUAAAGAAACCAAUGUAAUGGUCUCAAUAAACUUGGAUGGUUCAAGCGUUGCUCAAAAUGAUACUGGAAUCCCCUUUCUCGAUCAUAUGUUAGAUCAACUUGCCACGCAUGGGCUGUUUGACGUUUGUGUGAAAGCGACCGGUGACACACACAUUGAUGAUCAUCAUACAAAUGAAGAUGUUGCACUUGCGCUCGGAACGAGUUUGCUGCGUGCAGUUGGUUCAAAGGAAGGCAUUUAUCGGUUUGGUGACUUUUCAGCUCCUUUAGAUGAAGCACUAAUUCAUGUUUCGCUGGAUUUAUCUGGACGUCCACAUUUAAGCUAUGAUUUACAUAUCCCCACUGAGAGAGUUGGAACAUAUGACACUCAGUUGGUGGAGCACUUUUUCCAGUCUUUGGUGAAUACUUCAGGCAUGACACUUCACAUUCGACAGCUUGCUGGAAAAAAUUCUCAUCAUAUUAUUGAGGCAACUUUCAAGGCUUUCGCUAAAGCUCUUCGACAAGCUGUGGAAUAUGACCCACGCCGUCGUGGCACUGUGCCAAGCUCAAAAGGGGUUCUGACGCGUUCUUGAUUUGUGGAGAUCAUGCUUAAGGAGAUCAUGCUACAAGCAUCCAGAUUCGUCUUGAUGUUUUCUCAUAGUUUGGGACUCAAAGAAAUUUAUCAGAUUCGGUGCAAACUUCAAGAGGCAGACAGUUGCUUAACAUUUUAGCAAUUGAAGUAGUGAUAGUGCAACAUUAAACAAUAAAUUCCUCUUAAAUGUAUUUAGAUUUCUUGGUGUUCCUGUAGGAGAAACUUGUCGGUGUUAAUGCAUGGAACCUAGGUUGCUUGUAAAAUGGCUUUACUCUUUGUAUCAGCAGUUAUUUUUAUGGUUGUGACUGAAUUUUGCUGAUCAUUGGGUGCGGUAAUUUGGAUUUGCCUGAGUUGACAGGCUGUGGGUGAAAUUGAGUUGAGAGGAAAUUGAGCUCA